AUGACAAAAUCAAAUGGAAGCACACUUUGCACAUGUAAUGAUGGCACAGAAAUCAUCAAUGGCUUAUCCUUCAGUUUUGUACCCAACACCAUUCACUUUGGCACAGUUUUCAGCAAGUUUGAUAUAAAAGGUCAAGGCCUUCUCAUCGGCGUGCUUCUUGGACUCUACUUGAUUUUCACCAUUAUUUGUUUGUGGGCUCAUUAUAAAGACAGAAAAGGGAUGCUGCAGGUACGAGAAUUGAAAUUACACAGCAUAUUUUAUUUUUGAACUAAAUAAAAUUAUGUUGUCAGUGGUAUUUAAAAUUCCCACCUUUCCCUCUAAUAGCACAUUUUAAAUUUCAAUAUUUUCUUCAUAUAUCAAUGGAAAAAUAUGUUGGGUUUUCUCUUUGUUUUUACUUCUUAUUGAGAUUGAAUUUCUAGAAUAUUUGGAUGACCAAUUUAUAUGAAUCAGUUUCCAAUUGGUAGGCGUAUCUAUAAUUUAGCUAAAAGCUUUUAAAAAACAUUGACUAAGAAGAUUAUAAUUUAUGAUUUGAUGAAAAUUUAUAUUUGUUUGAUAAGAUCCACAUUUUAUUUCACGAAUUUUUUCCCCAGUGGGGUGUUUUCCCCCUUGCAGACAACUAUGCUGAUGAUAAUUAUUACUACCUUGUGACGGUCCACACUGGAUUAAGGAAAUCUGCUGGCACAAAGUCUGAAGUCAGCUUCUGCUUAUAUGGAGAGGAGGAUGAGACAGGGGUCAGAAUAUUGUCAGAUGGGGUUAAAGAGGUGAGGUGGAACUAAUGGUAAACUAUCAAUUUAUACUCUUUUUCGCUAAUUACAAAAAAAAUAGAAAAUCAUUAAAUUAUUCGAGACACCAUGUAAGCAUUUAGACAAUUUUAUCAGUGUCUUGGAGUAGCAGUCUUCAAGGAAAUUGAUUGUAAGAUGAUAAGAGUUGAACUAUUUUUAACACAAUAUCUCACCUUCAUUUGCGUUUCACUUUGUAUGAUAAAUUUUAAGACCUAAAAAAGACCCCCCCCCCAUUUUCAUCUUUUUAUCGAAUUUUCGUUUACAACCAGUAUGUAGUAAGUGACACAUUGGUUGAACAGGUGCAUCAACUUGAUUUAUAGCGUUGAUUAUGUAUGGGUUGUAUGUUGCUGCAACUGAAUGUUUGAGAAACUGUCUUAUCUCCUUUUUGAUUAAUGUAAAAAAAAAAAAAACAAUUCUAAUUAUUUAUAACUAUUAGUUGUAACGCUCCAGACGGAGCUGAAGGUAACAUAAACAUACUUUAAAAUAAGAUAGUCCUCACCAGAGUUUUUUAUUUUAUUUUCUGAUUUUGAAGAAACCCUCCCUUUUAUCCAGCGUUUUCCAACAGGAAGUAUUUGCAAUCUGGUCAUGGCGUGUCCGUCAACUUUAGGAGACCUGCAGUGCUUGAGAAUAUGGCACGAUGGCUCAGGCGAGGGAAACUGGGCUAACUGGUAUCUGGACCGUGUGGAUGUUAUUGAUAUUCAGACUGGUCGAGCGUAAGCAGAUUAUGUUUAUUUGCGGUCAAUUCUGUGUAAUCGUUCCUUGAAUAGGCCUAUUGAUCUGGUCUUUUUAUUUUCAUCUUCUGGUUUUCAAGCAAACUUUGCAAUUUAAAUUAUCAUUUUAUAUGUUAUCUUUAUCAAUCUUUUCUAGAGAUAUUUUAGGUGCUAUUUUAUGGAAUGCUCUCCUAUUUAUUUGUUUCAAAAAUAGAAAUUAUUUCUUAUGUGAGGAGUGGUUAACUCCAGAA